AUGGAGGGCGCGGUGUCGGAUCUGGUGGUGUGUAACCUGGCGUUUGCGGGGCGCCUCGAGGAGCUGCGGGCGCUGCUGCUCCGCGACAGGGCCCAGGCCACGCGGGCCGACCAGGAUCACCGCACCGCGCUGCACUGGGCCUGCUCGGCGGGACACACGGACGUCUCAGACCUCCUUCUCGGGCUCGGCGUGCCUGUGAACGAUAAGGAUGAUGCUGGUUGGACUCCUUUGCACAUAGCUGCUUCAGCAGGCCGUGAUGAAAUUGUGAAAGCCCUUAUUGCUAAGGGUGCUCAUGUAAAUGCUGUCAAUCAGAAUGGCUGCACACCCCUGCAUUAUGCAGCCUCCAAAAAUAAGCAGGAGAUUGCAAUCAUGCUUUUGGAGAAUGGAGCAGAUCCAGAUGCAACAGAUCAUUUUGAAUCCACCCCAUUACACAGAGCAGCAGCCAAAGGAAACCUAAAAAUGGUACAGAUCCUUGUGCAGCACAAUGCAACUGUGGAUAUACGGGACUCAGAAGGGAAUACUCCUCUUCAUUUAGCCUGCGAUGAAGAGAGAGUGGAGGAGGCAAAGCUGCUGGUGUCUCAUGGUGCAAGUAUUCACAUUGAGAAUAAAGAAGAGCUGACCCCACUGAAAGUGGCAAAGGGUGGCCUGGGAGCCAUCCUUAAAAGAAUGGUGGAAGGCUAGAGGGGGCUUCCCACUUGAGUCUCUCUCCUGUUGCACUUCUAUUUAAGACUGCAAACUUCAUAUUUUGAUAGUUCAACUAGGAUGUCAUUUAUGGUAUCAGCAUGGUAAUGAAAUGUUUUUAUUGAAGCUGUCCUUCUAAUGCAGUGCCAAAAAACCUCUUUGUACUUCCUGUUAAUUAAAUAGUUCACUGAUUUUAAAGUAUUUUUUAAUAUCUUGCAGUUUUCUUUCUGUUUACUGUGUGAUGUGUAUAAAUAUGGUAUUCCUUCUACUUCAGGUGCCAGUUUAGAAUUAUUUCUUUCAGAAAACAGAACCAAAAAUGUUUUAACCAUUUAAAGCAAAUUUUUAUUUUCUUCUAGAGUCUUUUUUUUCUUCUUAGCCUUUGUGUUUUGUGGGUACUGAUUGUCUUUUUAUUGAUGUUUCUAAGCUACACUGUAUUUCUCUGUAUUUGUAGAAUGCAGUUUGCUUAGUUACUUAGAUAAUUGUAUCCAUUUUUACUACUCUUGCUACAUUGAGAUCUGUGUGUUUAAAGCUUUUCUGUUGUUACUGGUUGUUAUCUCUGACUCUUUAAAUACAUGUAUUUAAUG